AUGUGCCAGUCCCAGCUGCUCUUGGCCCUGCUGCUACUGUUCUUCUGCCCCUGGGUCGAUACCAGUGCUCUAUGGGGUCAGAUUGUGGGGGGCCACGAGGCUCAGCCCCACUCCCACCCUUACAUGGCAUACCUGAAGAUAGGGAAAUCCACCUGCGGAGGCUUCCUGGUGGCCCCUGACUGGGUGAUGACAGCUGCACACUGCAUGGGGAAUGCCACAGUCAUCCUGGGGGCUCACAACAUCUAUGAACCAGAAACAACGCAACAGGUCCGGGGAGUUCUCAGAUACCACCAGCACCCUGAGUACGACCCCACCACCGUGUCUAACGACAUCAUGCUGCUCAAGCUGACAGCAAAGGCCACUCUCAACAACUACGUCAAAACCAUCCCCCUGCCCAAGACCAGCAACUACCUCCCCACAGGCACCAAGUGCAGCAUAGCUGGUUGGGGCCUGAUCGACAAGGACCAGGAAACCAGCAAGCUCUUUGAAACCAAAGUCACCAUCUACAGCCGCAGGAAGUGUGUCCACUUCUAUCCACACCUCAACGCCGGCAUGGUGUGUGCCGGCAGCUUCCACGAGCUGAGGGACUCCAGCCAGGGUGAUUCUGGUGGGCCCCUGGUGUGCAAUAAUGUGGCGCAAGGCAUCGUUUCCUUCGGGCGUGACAACCCCCCUGGGGUCUAUACCCGCAUCUCCAACUACCUGCCCUGGAUCAAAAAAAACAUGAAGAAGUAA